CCUUGCCUCUGCCUUUGACCCCCUCCCCCCCCAGCCCAACCGAGGCCAUUUCCUCGCCCAACAACUUUCCCAGAGAGAGAGGAAUAUGCCGCCAUGUUUGUAGUAUAUAGUAUAGACUUUUCUUGUUGACUUGUUAUCCCACCUGGUCUGUCUCUUUUGUUCAUGCCCCUUGUAUCGAGUGCGACCCGAAUACGGAUUUGAUGUGCAGCCAGCCGUGCCUUGCGCAAGAUAUCGAACAGGGGUCCUCGCUUCCCCCCUCGUAUCGUCGUCGCCGUCGCCCACUCACGACGCGGAUAUUCCGCCUCACCCUUUUUUAGAGAAGAUGAUCGACAAGCUCUUUUUUGACAGAUCCGCCCCCCUUGCGUGCGAGCCCGCCUCACAUAUGCAAACAUGCUUGCUCGCAUGCGUGCGUACGCUUGUCAUUGCUGUCAAGGGAGAGCGACAUGGUGGGACCUCGUUACCCAAAGGACUUCGCACGCGCGCAUUUGAACUGAGCUGAACAGAACAAAGGCAGAGUGAGGUAGAGGCAAGAGGCAAAGCGCUCCCGAGAACCAAACCGGCGGGAACGGGCGAUCGACACGCGGCAUCUCUGUAUGCGUGAUUUUGAUUGAAUGGCUUGCAGCUUCUCGCCUGCCUGCUGCUGCGAGCGAGAUGCGAGGUGAUGAGAAUGUGAUGGGAGUGCGCAGACUAAUCCCCGAAUGGCUGUUGGACGGAACAUUACAGCCCGGCCAGCAACACGUGAUGCAGCACCUCCCCAUCACUGACAUGGUUGGAGGCCUAGACCAAUGGGUCGAAUAUCUGCGAAUCUGUACGUCUGCCUUUACGUCUUCCAUCCCUCUCUGGGUAUGUGGUCCCUUGCUUUUUGGGACGGAUACGCAUCUCAGCCAGCCAGCCAACCAACCAAUAAUCAGCGCCAUGGAUCCUGACUCGCCGGAGACGAGCGCGUCAUUCUCGUCUCCGGACUGCCGGGAUGCCAUUAUGGUUUGUAUGCAACAACAACUCGCUCCAAGAACCAUGGUUCGAGCUAUCUACCCACUACCCAAACCCUCAUCGCCCAACUUUCAAAGGAACAAGGGAGGACAUCAGGUAAGAUGGUUGCAGUUGCAGUGCGACAUCAUAGUACCACGCAAGGUUCAUACCCCGACAACGCAACGAGUGAGUGAGCAAGGGCCGGCCGUACUGAAUAAUCGAAUACGCGCCCAAGUUACUUCAAAUCCGACACCAUCCUCCCUGUGCUCCACAUAAGGUCAGCUCGGCGCAACAUACCACUCCUUCAAGAAAGAAGCCAAGACCCUUUUCUUUCCCACACGCCUCAUCAAUAUCAUGUUGGAGAUAGACCCUAGCACCGUACCCGUACCAUCGGCUUACGUUUAUAUAUAUAGUCAGCACUAUAUGAACAUAUAUGCAUAUAAAUAGACAUCAGAAUAAACACGGUGAGAUGGAUCAUGACGCUGACGACGAUGACGAUGAUGAUGCUUGCCUGCAUGCCUUGCUCACUCCCUGGGGUCUGGCCAUCCGUGCGUGCGUAAAAACACGAGGUCAGAAGGGAAGGCUUCGGGGGACGUGUUUGCUUCGUAAUCGUAAUCGUAUUUUGCCCGGAUUGGGUGGGUUACACCCGACUGGGGCGCAAGGCACCUGGUGAUGCCUUGAGCCCGUGUUUCUCGUGUUUGCUUGGGCCCUUUCUU